AUGGCGCGUCAGUACAAGGCUUUGCAGGAAGAGCUCAUCUAUAAGAUCAACUGCCUGGAGAUCCAGAACACGGAGCAGAAGGAAGAACUCGACAUUACGAACCACGAGCUCAAGGAGCUCACUCAAGUCAAGGAUGCAGACAUUGAAAACAAGGAUCAGCAGAUCAAGCAGUUGAAUGAGCGCAUGAAUGACAUGUCCGCCGAGUUCGCGAACAUGCUGGCUGAAACGCUGGACUUGAUGAAGCUGCACAUCAACGAGAAGCUCUCGGAUGCGGCUCUAGGCGACGCCGAAGCGUCCAGGCCCGACUUCAGCCAGCGCCUGCAGGAUUUCAGCAACAAGGCGUACAAUGCCGUGGCCAUUAACUCGAAGAGCGAUCAUGGCAACAAGGCCUUGCCUCCCAGCGACGGAUGA